GAGCAUCGGUGUUGGGAAGCGAGGGAGCGAGGGAGCGAGGGGUGGGCGGGCCCCGCCGAGCAUCAGUCAAGGCGAUCGGGAGAGCGAUUCCCUUCGAUUCUAUUCGUUUGAUUUUAUUAAUUUGUGGAGGAAUUGAUUUCCGCGGCUUUUCUUUAAUUUCUUCGACCGCUCUUCGCCUCCUGCGUCGACCGAAUGUUCUUCGUCUUCCUCCUCCUCCUCGUCCUCCUCUUCGUGUGCACCCCGAGCGCUGCGCUACUUCUCGAUUCGUCUGCUCGCCAUCCGUCGUCCUUGCGCCUUUAAAAUCCGCUUCCGCCUUGGAACCUCAUCGCUGUGUGCAAGCGCGUAACUCUGAGUCGUCGCGUAUCUGUUUCUUUCAUCUUUUGAUCGAUCUGUUUAUCUUUCUAUCUGUUUGUUUCAUCGGCUAGUGUUUUGUUUAUCGAACCGGAAGGAAAGAAGGGAGGGCUGAACAAUAAGAAGAAGACGAAGAAGAGGAUCUGAUUUCUGCGUCCUGAUCGGGGAGGCUGCGGAGUCGUAGCGUGCGUUGUGUCGUCGGGAUGGCUAACGUUGAGGAGCAGAAGCCCUUGAUGCAGCAGGAUGAGGAGGAGAAUCUGUACAGGGGCGAGAAGGAGCCCGGGGCCAAGAAUGGUGAGGCCGAUGCAGAGCAAGAGCCAGCCGUUGCGCCGCUCGAGCACCCGGAGAACAUGUACGUAGUGACCCAGCCCGAAGUUCGCCAGCGUCAGCCGUGGAGGACGGGGCUGUUCUCCUGUAUGGGCAACAAUGACGAGUUCGUCAGCAGCGACCUUGAAGUUUGUGUACUGGGAUUGUUCGCACCUUGCGUUCUUUAUGGCAGUACCAUGGAGCGCCUCUAUCCAGGGCAGGCUACCUUUUCCAGUCACUGCAUGGCGUACAGCAGCCUUUACUUCAUGGGCCACUUCCUGUUCAAUGGCAACUUUCUUGCACCAUGCUUUUCCUUUCCAAGUCGAACUGCUCUUCGUCAAUCAUACAAUCUCGAGGGACAUGGCGAGUCUUUGGUCAAUUCUACCGGAUGCUGCGCCAGUCUAGUUCGUGACGAGGAAAAAUUGGAACGUUGUGAAUCAAUGUUGGACUUUGCCGCCCAUUUCUGCUGUCACCAGUGCUCUCUCUGUCAAGAAGGUCGCGAGAUCCGCCGCAGAACAGUCCAUCCAGCUCACAGACCUCGUUAUUACAUGGCAAUGGCUCCCCCAGCUCCUCAAGUCAUGUCUCCUCCACAGUAAUCAGGUUGUGACUUCCUCCGGAGACUCACGUUAGGAAGCUGCUAAGGUCGGAAUCUGUUCUUGGAUGCUCUGGGUGCCUCUUUUCUUCUCAGAGACACGGUGACGAAGAACGUGCAACUAGCCUAGACCUGGAAUCAUCCAAUUCCGAACAAUUUCAAACUGUUUCCUGCUUUAGCUUUGGAUGGCUAGUGGAUGAUUCAUUGUGGUCUUGCCCUCUCGCCUGGUUGUUCUUCCUGUAUAAGUGAUCAACAUAAGGCAAGACUCAUUGUAUUCAUCAUUCGGAAUGCGAUGUGUUUGUGCCUCAGGCGAUUAGAUACUUGGCGGACCACGCACAGGGACUUAUAUAUAGCUCACAUACAACAGGAUACAAAGAAUCUUCUCUACACUUAGUAAUCAUUGUAAACUUGUAAGUAAAUUGUUUUGUUGCUCGAUUCCAGCCAGGCUUGAGCUCCGCACAACAUAUAUAGUUUAAUCCACAUUCUAUGAAGUGUAGAUCAAGGUUGGCAAAAGCAGUUACUGUGUUAUGGUCCUUUACCGUGUCUGUCUAUUGUUUUAAUCGCCAAAGUAAGUAUAUAUGCAUGUACUAUCUCUGAAUACAGGUGAGAUUGGCCACGCAUAGAAAGACGUCUACACUCCAAGUUUAGAUCAGGGUUUGUACUAAUAGACUUGAUAGUUGGUCAGUGUAAAGUUCUUUUCCAUCAUUUUUGGUGGAAAAGAACUUAAUGACUUAAGGCUAAGGUAUUAUGACAUCUUGAAAAUCAAAUUUAGGAAAUUUGACCGCCAGGCCUGGAAAUGUCGAUCAUUGUAGAAAGGAAGUCCGUCGUUU